CUUACGUCAAUGUGUAGCGCUACAUCUCGCGAUAAUUAUACACUAUAAAUACAGCUGCUCCCUCUUCCCACGUAGUAUCAGCCAGCUCAUUGAGAACUUGGAUACAGACGCAUCACUCGACUUUGUUUCAGCAGACAUGGCAGCAGCUCAAGUUAUCUCAAAUCAGAAUGUGGUAGAGAGGGUGACCAGCCUCCCUCUGGUGAGCUCCACCUAUGGUCUGGUGUCCAGUGUGUACUCUAACACCAAGGGCACCCACCCUUACAUCAGGACUGUGUGUGAGGCUGCGGAGCAAGGAGUCCGCACCAUCACCUCUGUGGCCCUUACCACUGCCUCGCCCAUCAUGGACAAACUGGAGCCUCAGUUUGCCAUUGCCAAUGAUCUAGCCUGUAAAGGUUUGGACAAGAUUGAGAAAACCUUGCCCAUUCUUCAUCAGCCCUCUGAGCAGAUUGUUUCCAGUGCAAAGGACGUGGUAAGCACCGCCAAAGAUGCUGUGACAGGAACAGUGUCCAGUGCCAAGGACACAGUCUCAGACACUCUCACCAGCGUGGUGGAAAAGACUCGAGGUGCGGUGCAGGAUGGGAUGGAGAAGACCAAGGCUGUUGUCAGCGGGAGUGUCAGCACGGUGCUGGAGAGCAGAGUGGCCCGGCUGGUCAGCAGCGGAGUGGACACGGCCCUCAGUACGUCUGAGAGCCUGGUGGAGCAGUACCUGCCUCUGACGGAGGACGAGCUGGAGCUGGAGGCAAAAACAGUGAAAGGCUUUGAUGAGAAGGAGCUGAGCUACUAUGUGCGACUGGGUUCCCUCUCUACGAAGCUGAGGAAGCGGGCGUACACCAGGACUGUGGCCAAAAUCAGAGAUAGCAAGCAACGCAGCAUGGAAUUCAUCUCUGAGCUCAACUCCACUGUUGACCUGAUUGAAUAUGGCAGAAAGAAUAUUGGCGAGGCUAACCAGAUGGUAAACGACAAGCUAAGGUCUUUGGUGGCGUGGAAGUCCAGUGGUCCAAACCAGGAGAACGGUCACGAGGCAGAGGCAAUUGAGUCUCGCACCCUGGCCCUGGCACGUUCCCUCACCCAGCAGCUCCAGACCACCUGUCUGGUCCUCGUCUCGGGCCUACAGGGACUCCCCAACCACAUCCAGCAGGAGGCGCUCUCCCUCAGCCGCUCUGCCACACAGAUCUACACCAACUUCAGCACAGCUAAGGUGCUGGGAGACCUGCCAGACAGCAUGCUGACCAGCAGCAGAGCACAGCUGAACAAAAUGAAAGAUUCUCUCGAUAACGUCAUGGAUUACGUGGUCAACAACACGCCGCUCAACUGGCUGGUGGGUCCCUUCUACCCCAGGAUGGGCCCUGAGCCGACUCACGCCAGCAGCACACCAGCCACGUCCUCCAGCUCUCCCUCCACCCAGCCGCACAGGGAGGAGCCCAUGGAAGUCGAGAUGGCGUCACUACACUCCCAGCAGGAGCAGUGACCCACCCAGCUUUAUGUUCUGAGUUUUAAGUAAUACUGGCUGCUUCACAGGCAAAUAUCCAACUUUCUGAUGUUUAAGAUACUGAACACAUUAGAAUGUAAAGCUCUGAUAUAGUCCCAUGUUUAACACAAUGGCAUUUUAUACUUUUUUUAAAAUGUAAUUUUUGCUGUAAUCAUGUCACUUGUCAGAUUAGUCAGCUCUGUGCAAACUUUUAUAACGGCGACAUUUACAAUCUGUCAAAACAUAAUCCUGUGCUUAUUUCUACAUAAACUUUGAUUAAACCAGUUAGUAGUA